GAGCUUUAUUAUAUGCGGAUGGAGCCGAGAAAGAGAAGGGGCCAAAGAGUCAGAUCCGUGCGGUAAACAUCCAUGAUGCCAAAAACUAAAACCCUGUGAUCUUGUCCUGUUCUCUCGGAAGAAGAGAAAUCCGAAGAUGAAUCGCAGAGAUAUACGCUUGCCGUCGAUCAGCCUGUGAUCUUACAUCGGACUCAAGAAUGGACAUACAAGCAGUGCUCGCUGCGCAUUUGUCGAAACAAUCCAAACUUCAUGAUGAUCUCAAAAACAUUGAAAAGCAGGUGUACGACAUGGAGACAAGUUAUUUGCAGGAUCCAAGCCAAUGUGGGAAUGUGUUGAAAGGUUUUGAAGGGUUUCUGUCAUCAUCUAAAAGCACUACACUUUUAAAACGAUCAAGGAAGUUUCAACCGGAAGAUAGGCUUUUUUCCCUAUCCUCUGUGACGUCUCCAGCAGCUGAGGAAGUAGCUGUUGGCCGGGACAGCGCUUGUAUACCUGCAAAUGGACAAGGGAAACAGAAGAAGGGUAGGGGAGGCCCAAGAGAGACGAAGAGAAUGAGACAUUCUAGUGGCGAACCAGACUACGAUUAUGAAGAUGAGAUGAUGUAGUCUUGGCUCUGCUUUGAGAGAAAGAGCCAAGUUGGUUGGUUUUUUGAAUGAAAAAUGGUAGACCUUUAUAAUACCAUUGACUAACCUUUCUUGGAGACCUAAAUUCUUUCCUGCUCUGAUAUACGGAGUAUAAUAUAAUAUACAAAUAUCAGCGUAAUUUCUUGCAUAACUUUAUUUAUUCAAUUCAGAACACCAAAUUGAUGUUUACUUCAUAUUAUCAGUGUAUUUUAGUCUAAAUCGUGGUUCAACGUUAUUUA